AUGGAGACCAAACUGCGCUUGGUUCUGGCAAACUUGGCUGGUGAUGAGCUGUGCAGAGUGGAUGUCCCAGCCAGUAGUAAAGCUGCGCAGCUCAAGGAUUUAUUGGCCCGAGAACUGGGGAUGUAUCCCUACACCUUCAAAGUCAUCACAGCCUGUGGCGUGCCGGUGGAAGGUAAUGGCCUUGUUAAACACUUGGCUGAAGACGGGCAAAUUGAUUUGACCAUGGUGAAGAUUGAUGGUAUUCCACAUCCAGAUUCGAAGGGCUAUGUUCGGCUCCAAACAGGUACAGAUGAGCCGGUAUCUGAGAGUCCAUCAACUUUUUGGCGCGUGGCCGUUCCUGUGUCAAGUUUUAUGCUGGCGCUGGCCUCUGUCAUUCACAUGUUGAAGCUUUGGCCAUGUUCCCGACAAAGGGGGAAGCUGGGCAGAAAGGAUCGGAGAUUCUUGUCCUUUAUUGCUUAUAUUUUGUAUUUGUUGGAGGCCUUGCUCUUGAACCGAACGGCCAAGGGGCUGAAGAUGUUGAAGCACACUGAGGGCAUCCUGGACCACAUUCAGAAGAUCAAGGCUUGCAGGCCAGCUCCUGAAGUGCGCGCCCAGUGCUACCACAUGGAGACUCGGACUUCCACAGUUGUUGAUGAAGAUGGCACGAUACACACGGAAUCCUAUGAGGUUCGUGUGGCCACUGCAAGUUUGACGGAACAACUGAAAGUUUCGCAAUGGGAAGAUGUCACGGGCGAUGUUGCCUACGGUCUACGUUACUUUCCCUUGUUGCAGGUCCACUUUGAAGUGAGUUGGGAAGUCGGUGACUGGGCCACCAGCCAUGAGCACGAAGAACAGCGUCACGCCUUGCGCCGCCGGGCGCAGGCGGCGGAUCAGCACCACGACACUUCCGAGGUGUUGCGUUUGGUGGAGGAAGAUGGACAAGAAGUCAGCUUUCGCAGUGAUAUGAUCGGAACCACUGGGGGUUCACCUCCAAGGUGGUUGGGGUUCAUCCCCUAUGCCAUUUGCACCUUUUUGGGUUUCAGUUGGCCCUAUCGGUACUGGUUGUCAAGGCAGGCCAUCAAGGGCGAUGUGAUUUUUCGAAAGAAGGACCGCAAUGCCAUGCGUCCAAAGGCGAUGCCGUACGCUGAGACGGGGGGCACCGAGACCAUAUUGUUGGCGAACUUCUGGAAGUACGACGCCUACGAAACCGUGACGACCGGGCAUCAGUUGAAAACCGACUGGUCCCGAGCCAACGGCAGACCGUGGCAAGUGCGGGUUGUGCGCAAUAUUUUUCCAAGCAUGAGCGUCCCCCGGGAGUACUACUUCGAUGGCUGCGAUGAUGGCUUCCUGGAUGAUCGAGGUGGCAACAUGAUCAACCCCCGAGUCGGGCACCCUUUGUAUUUGCAGGUGCCUGGUGUGGGAUUCAAUGAUGUCGUCAUCGAAACUCCGUUGCACAAUAUGUGUGCGGCACUUGAGCAGGACGAGUGCAUUGGCCUUACCCUGCGAGCAAUUGUGAUCCGGGGCCGUGAGCUUCUAGCAAAUCCGCUGGUCGGGUACGUCACUGUGUUUAAGCAGCACAAAUGCGGAAGCAUUGUGCAUGCGCACUGGCAAAUCAUCACCACACCUUUUGUCCCCAGCUCGGUGGAUGUGCAGCUAAUUAGAGCAGCACGGCUACAGCAACGCUUCGGACUAUGUGUUGGCUGCCAAGUGCUGGUUUCGGCACCAACGGGCAGCGACCUGGCCUCCGAGCGUUUGGUGUUGGAGACCGCGCACUUCGUGGUGUCAGCACCUUUCGCUUGUCGUGAGCGCUGGCGUCUUUACUUGGCGCCCAAAAGGCAUUCACCCGACUUUUUUCAAAUUUCCGUGAUGGAACUGGAGGAUUUGGCCCAUGUCCUCAAGAGAGUCCUCCAAAUGUACUAUUUCAAACUGAAUGAUUGCCCCUUCAACAUUGCCGUGUGGACAAGACCCAGUGUUGAAACGCAUCGCGACAGCUGGUUUGGAAGCUUCAGGCCUGGCCAUCGAGCCGAAAGCAGCUAUAACUACUUCCAUUGGUACAUUGGCUUCUAUCCACGGGGCAAAGCUGUCCCGCAGGGCUUCAAGAAUGCCACAGACAUAGCGCCAAUGAAGACCCUUCCAGAUGCUUGCCGCAAGCAUUGCCUGGACUAUCCUGGAUUGUGUGACAGUGGAAUUCUCAAACUGCACCAGAGAUGA